AUGAGACGGCCCACCGCUACAUUACUUCUUCUGACCUGCACCGCGGUAACGGCACAGCUUAGAUCCCUCCCCGUCGAACGCUCCGGCCUCUACGCACCCCGCUUCUUCCACCAGAAACCCAUCGUCGCGGACCCCCCCUUGGGCCCAGCCGAACCCCGGCCGCCACCGGCCCAGGACGGCGUGAGGCUCUCCGACGUCAUGGGCCGUGACAGGAGCAUAAAUGUCUUCGCCGGCUUCACGCGCGACAUCGAAUCCGCCUCGCGCCGCCUGGACGACCAGGAGCGCAACACCACCGUGCUGGCGCCCCUCAACUCAGCUGUCGAGAGACUGCCGCGGAAGCCCUGGGAGGACCCCAAGGACUACCAGCAACUUGGCGAAGACGCCUAUGAGGGCGAUGAUGGUAGGGACAAGGCGCAGAAGAACAUUCAGCGCUUCGUCGAGGCGCACAUGGUUGGUAUGAGUCCCUGGCCGGAGAACAAAAAGGCCAAGACGAUAGGUGACGACAGAGACGUAUGGUGGGAAACCAAGGACGGUACCAAAUUUAUCCAACCCGGCAACAUUGAGGUUGUAAGUGUAGCUAGCACAGCUGCCAACGGCGAAGUGUGGAUUAUCAAGGAGGUACGGAAUUAUGUCUAG